AUGGUUCGAACGUACGCGUACAAUCCGUCAACGCAAGGCUCGUUCUUUGAUCCGGUGUUCACAAAUUCUUCUACCUCAUCACCUCCCUCGCAGCCUCCCCAACGAGCCCUUAAGGAAGCGAAAAGGCCAGGAAAUGAAAUCGGAUCAGUUCAUCAGCAAGCUGCCCCUAUAGAUCGAUGUCUGUGCAGCUUUGGACCAACUCAGUACAGUAAUGCCCCAUUUCAUUCUCCCUAUAUAGAUCCCAUUGGAUCUAUAGUAGGCCUACGGGUGCUAUACCUCGAUGGAAAACUGUGCUAUGUACCAGUGGAACCACAACUCAACUAUAUGAUCAAUCAACAGUUUGGGGUGAGUGCUCAACUAUUCGGCAUUCUUGGUUCCACUUUCUUCUCGCUAUAUCUUAAUUGA